UCAAAAUUUAACCAUGGAUAAUGAUGUUAAUUCAUCUUAUUUAUUUGGUCACGAUAAAACUUGGGGUGAAAGAGAAUUUUUUACGUAUUACAGUGAAUUUGGUGAUAGGAAUGGGUCAAGUGCUGUGGAGGUAAUUAUACUUGCAAUAACAUUUGUUGUAGCAGUUAUAGCAAAUUUUGGAAUAGCAGUGUGUGUGUUAUCGUACAAGGAAAUGCGAACACCGACAAAUUUAUGUCUUGUUAAUUUGGCUGCUGCUGAUUUACUGUUCGCUCUGGGAGUACCAGCCGUCGCUUACACACGUCUCACACAGUCAUGGCGUCUUGGUGAUAUCGUUUGUCGUCUACUCCCUUAUUCACAGUUUGUUUGUGGUUUCGUAUUAUUAUGGACAUUGACACUGAUAUCAAUGGAUCGACAUCGAUGUUUAGCAGUAGCCCCUUACAGAAGUGCUUUGACGACAACUAGAGUAUUGGUGGCAAGUUUGAUGACAUGGUUUAUUGGUUCAUUGAUAUUUUUACCAGUGGUAUUUUGGUUUCAAAUAAAGCUCAUAGAUGAUUUAACUAUUUGCACGCUGAUCUUUCCGAUAAAUGAAAUUAUAAACGUAUCACUCUGUUUCACCAUUCCAAUAAUAAUUAUCGCGUGUUUAUUGCCGAUGUGCUUAUUGGUUUAUCAUUACCAGAGAAUAUUUCAAAAAAUUAUUGACACGCGGAGUAGGUGGGCCGUUUCAUGUGUCACUCAGGCUCAAGAUCCAACGAGACGUGACUCUGAGCUAUCAGUAGUAGGAACACUGGUACCAUGGGCCGGAAGAAAAUCGUCUGCAGCCUCAGUAUCAAGCCGACAAGGACGCGCCGGUAGUUUAUCACAACACGAAGAAAUACGUUUGCAUAAACAUUUAAGAGUUGUUAGAAUUUUAUUGCUCAAUGUGUUUGCGGUAUUAUUAAUGUGGUUACCAAUAACAAUAAUAAUGUUAUUGAUAUAUUUAGAUGGUCGUCGACCACCAGCAAAUACCAAUGAUUAUUUUUUACGAUCACAUCAUUUUAUAUGGACAUUAAUUAUCGCCCAAUUUAAUACAGUAAUAAAUCCAUUAUUGUACGGAGUAUUAUCAGAAAAUUUUCGUUCGUGUUUUGUUAAAAUGUGUCGACGUAAUAAUACUAGUGGAAGUGAAAGACCAAGUGGUGGUUGUGUCACAGGUGGUAAUUAUCCUUGUGCAAAACCGAACUCAAAAUCACGUAAAAAUUCUAAGUCACUUGAAAUAAUCCAAAAUCGUUUACGUACACGUAGAAAUAAUAGUUUUAAAAAUAUUAGUAAGGUACAAUCGAAAAAAAGUUCUAGUAGUAUUGGCAGUAUUAUUGAAGUACCCGCCGAAAAAAUUUAAUGUGAUUAUUUUGAUAUUUUUUUGUUAUAUUUUUAGAUUGGUUGAUAAUUAUUAAAAAUUGAUUAUAUAUCUUUGUAACUGACGUUAUUUCACGUAGUUUGAGUACCCACAUCAAUAUAUUUGAAGGUGAAAAUUUAUUUCGAAAAAUUUUAUUUAAGAAUUUCGAAAAAAUUUUCGUUGAAGGAAAUAUAGUGAUGUGGGUAUUCAAAAGACGUUAAAUUUCGUCAGGAACAAGACCUCAGUAUUUAUUUUUGUAAAAAAAGUUAAUUAGUGCGGAAUUAAUGGAAAAAUUUAUAUAUAUAAAUUUUGAAUGUUUAAAUUACUUUGUAAAUUAAGUAUAAAUUAUAUUUGACCCUAUGACCUGCAAAAGUAAUUGAUUUCCUUUAGUGUAAGUACCCACAUGUUGAUAUUUCAGAAAAAAAUUUUUUUUUUCAAACCUAUCGUUGUGGGUACUCAUUCUACGCGGAAUCACAUUUGUAAUGAUAUUCUAGGGUUUCUUUUAUUAAAAAGUAUUAUUUCACUGCAAUAAUUUGAAAAAUUAAUUUUAUACAGACAAAAUUGUCCAAGUAAUAAUUAUAA